CUCACUCACUCACUCACUCACUCACUCACUCAUACUUUGCUUUUCUUUUUCCUCACUCUCUCUUUCUUUCCUUUGCUUUGCUUUGAUACUCAUUGAUAUAUAGCCAUCACCCAAAACCCAGUUUUCUAGCUCAGUUUCAUGAUCAUCAAAGGUUAGAAAAGAAAGGAAAAGAAAGGAAAGCAAAGGAAAGGAAAGGAAAAGAAAAGAAAAGUAGAGGCUUAGCUUCUUCCUUGUAUUUCAAGACUGCUUGAGUUGUUGAAGAUGUUUGAUUCUUCAAGCCUGUGCACACUUGAAGUUUCCCAGAUUCCCUUCACUUUCCCCCACUUUUCCCACAAUUUUAACCUCACCCAGCACCUUAAAUCUCUCAGUAUUCUCUUCCAACUCCAAUUUCCCUGAAAAUCUUUUCCUGGAAAAUGGCUUCUUUCAUUGCUCUUGCACUAGUCCUUUUCCUCCGGCUGAGUACCCCAUCUUUUUCAUCUUCUCUGAGCAGUGAUUUUCACGCUUUGGUGGCUCUAAAACGGGGAUUUGCGUUCUCUGAUCCGGGUUUGAGCUCAUGGAACGUCUCGACUCUGAGCUCGGUCUGCUGGUGGAGAGGAAUUCAAUGCGCUCAUGGGCGGGUUGUGGCACUGGACUUGACAGAUAUGAACCUCUGCGGCUCAGUUUCUCCAGACAUUUCCCGCCUUGAUCAGCUCAGCAACAUCUCCAUUUCCGGCAACAACUUCACUGGCCCGAUAGAGAUUGAGAAUUUGAGCUCCCUCCGGUGGCUCAACAUCUCCAACAACCAGUUCAGCGGCAGCUUGAAUUGGAACUUUUCGACAAUGGAAGACUUGGAAGUAUUAGACGCAUACAACAACAACUUCACUGCUCUUCUCCCUCAGGGCGUCUUGAGCUUGAAGAAGCUCAGGUACUUAGACCUUGGGGGCAACUUCUUUUAUGGAAAAAUCCCAAAAAUCUAUGGAGGCCUGGCCGCCCUCGAGUACUUAUCGCUUGCAGGCAACGAUCUUCGCGGAAAAAUACCUAUUGAGUUGGGGAAUCUCACAAGUUUGAAGGAAAUUUACUUGGGGUACUACAAUUCUUUCACAGACGGUAUUCCAAGUGAGUUUGGCAAGCUGAUCAACCUGGUUCACAUGGAUCUUUCGAGCUGUGAGCUAGACGGGCACAUCCCGGAAGAGCUCGGGAACUUGAAGUCCCUCAACACCCUCUUUCUCCACAUCAAUCAGCUGUCUGGUUCGAUCCCGAAUCGUCUCGGUAAUCUAACAAGCUUGGUGAACCUUGAUCUCUCCAACAACGCCCUCACAGGUGAAAUUCCCUUAGAGUUGAGUAAUCUCCUCCAGCUGAGCUUGCUGAACCUGUUCUUGAACCGCCUCCAUGGCUCCAUUCCGGACUUCGUUGCAGAGCUCCCCAAUCUGCAGACACUAGGCCUGUGGAUGAAUAACUUCACUGGCAUCAUUCCCGAACGAUUAGGCCAGAAUGGGAGGCUCCAGGAGCUCGAUCUCUCCUCCAACAAGCUCACCGGCGCCAUCCCCGGCAACCUUUGCUCGUCCAACCAGCUUCGCAUACUAAUUCUUCUCAAGAAUUUCCUCUUCGGGCCAAUUCCGGAGGGGUUGGGGAGGUGUUCUAGUCUCACCAGGGUGAGGCUUGGGCAGAACUAUUUGAAUGGCAGCAUCCCUGGUGGAUUCAUAUACCUGCCUCUGCUCAAUCUCAUGGAGUUGCAGAACAAUUAUAUAUCCGGGACGCUGCCUGAAAACCAUAAUAGUUCAUCCAUUCCUGAGAAACUAGGGGAGCUGAAUUUGUCAAACAAUCUUCUUUCAGGACGGCUGCCAUCCUCGCUAUCGAAUUUCACUUCUCUGCAGAUACUUUUGCUGAGUGGGAAUCAGUUUUCGGGUCCCAUACCUCCCUCCAUUGGCGAGCUGAAGCAGGUGCUGAAGCUUGAUCUGAGUAGGAACUCGCUUUCCGGUGAAAUCCCACUGGAGAUUGGGGCUUGUUUUCAUCUGACUUACCUUGAUAUCAGCCAGAACAACCUCUCAGGGCCAAUCCCAUCUGAGGUUUCCAACAUCAAGAUCAUGAAUUACUUGAAUUUAUCGAGGAAUCACUUGAGCGAAGCGAUCCCGAAGUCGAUUGGAUCCAUGAAGAGCCUCACUAUAGCUGAUUUUUCCUUCAAUGAAUUGUCCGGGAAACUGCCUGAAUCAGGCCAAUUCGCCUUCUUCAAUGCCUCAUCAUACGCCGGCAAUCCUCACCUCUGCGGCUCUCUCCUCAACAAUCCAUGCAAUUUCACCGCCAUAAACGGCACGCCUGGAAAACCACCGGCCGACUUCAAGCUCAUCUUCGCAUUAGGUCUCUUAAUCUGCUCACUUGUAUUCGCCGCAGCCGCGAUAAUCAAAGCAAAAUCAUUCAAAAAAACCGCAUCCGAUUCAUGGCGGAUGACAGCAUUCCAGAAGGUGGAAUUCACCGUUGCCGACGUCCUCGAGUGCGUCAAGGACGGCAACGUCAUCGGCCGCGGCGGCGCAGGGAUCGUCUACCACGGAAAAAUGCCCACCGGCGCCGAAGUCGCAGUCAAAAAACUCCUCGGAUUCGGCCCCAACAGCCAUGACCACGGCUUUCGGGCUGAGAUCCAAACCCUAGGGAACAUCCGGCAUCGGAACAUCGUCCGAUUAAUCGCAUUCUGCUCGAACAAAGAGACGAAUCUUCUCGUAUACGAGUACAUGAAAAAUGGGAGUCUAGGAGAGGCACUGCAUGGGAAAAAGGGCGGAUUCCUGGGGUGGAAUCUGAGGUACAAAAUCGCGGUCGACGCUGCUAAAGGAUUAUGCUACCUCCACCAUGACUGCUCGCCCUUGAUCGUUCAUCGGGAUGUGAAAUCGAACAACAUUCUCUUGAAUUCCAGUUUCGAAGCGCACGUCGCCGAUUUUGGGCUCGCCAAGUUCUUGAUCGACGGCGGCGCGUCGGAAUGCAUGUCUGCAAUUGCAGGAUCUUAUGGCUACAUCGCACCAGAAUAUGCAUACACUCUAAGAGUCGAUGAAAAAAGCGAUGUAUAUAGUUUUGGAGUUGUGUUGUUAGAGCUCAUCACGGGACGUCGCCCUGUGGGUGAUUUUGGAGAAGGUGUGGACAUUGUACAAUGGGCAAAAAGAACAACUAACUGUUGCAAAGAAAAUGUUAUUCAAAUUGUUGAUCCAAGGUUAGCGACAAUACCCAGAAAUGAAGCGACACAUUUAUUCUUCAUAGCAUUGUUAUGCAUUGAAGAGAACAGUGUUGAGCGGCCAACAAUGAGAGAGGUGGUUCAAAUGCUAUCCGAGUCCCAUCGCAACUCCCCCGACAACAAAACUUCAUCAUCAUCAGUUGUUCUUUAGCAACAUCAAAAUCUUGAGAAAGAGAAAAUUAUUUUACUUUAAAAUAGGAAAAAGGAAAACUUUGAAAGUUAGGGCUUUAAUGGUGUCCUAAAAUAGAUUGAUUUUGUGGAAGAGCUAGUGUUAUUGAUGUGCAAAGUAAAUUUUAAAUUUUUAUUAAAUUUUCUUAUUGCUUAGGUCCGAGAAUAGGAGAUUUGGUGGCAAAAUAGAUAAGAAAUAAUUGAGGGAUAUCCACUUCUUUUUUGAGGGGCUCCCUCUAGGGUUUUAAUAUUUAGGGUUGAGAGCUUGCAAAAAUGAAAUGGCUCAUGCAUGCUCUUUGUACUAUAUAUAUAUUAUAUAUAUUUGAUAUUUCCUCAA